GGGUUUGAGUGAAGCUUAAGAUGACAACAACUUUCUCCUUUGUUUCGAAUAUGGGGAAAAUGGCCUUUCUAGUUGCCACCCUUUUAGUGGUUUUAGUGUCACUUAGCUUAGCAUCUGAAAUUUCAGCUAAUUAUCAAUACUCAUCUCCCCCACCACCAAAGGAGCCAUACCACCCUUCACCAACACCAUAUCAUCCCACACCAGUUUACAAUUCUCCACCACCACCAAAAGAGCCAUACUACCCUCCACACACUCCAGUGUACAAGCCGCCACCACCCUCGACACCUAUUUACAAGUCGCCGCCACCACCCAAAGAGCCAUACUACCCUCCACACACCCCUGUCUACAAGUCACCACUUCUACCAACUCCAGUUUACAGGUCGCCACCACCUCCCAAGGAGCCAUACUAUCCUCCACACACACUAACCUACAAGUCGCCACCUCCACCAACUCCCGUUUACAAGUCACCACCACCUCCAAAGGAGCCAUACUACCCUCCACAUGCACCAACCUACAAGUUGCCACCACCUCCC